AUGUUCGAGCGCCGUGCAGCAGAUCGAUACCACCUGCACCGCCAUCGAGCGCGGUCCGUCGUCCUCACACCAGAGGAGAUGGUCGAGGUGCGCGCCGCCCAACGGACGUUCGAAGGAGCAUACAUCCGCACCUCCAUCUCGCAGUUCUCCUUUGCUCUGAUCAUAUUGAAGAUCUUCACAGCAGAGUUUUACAGCAUCGGUGCGCUGUUUGCCGUCUACGGAGCGGGAGUGAUGACUAUCGGCCUAUUCAGGAGACAGCAGGGGAACAAGCAGUUCUUCUCCGAGGUAGAUGAAGACGGCGUGCAGAGACGGAAGUUCAGGACGAGCGGGAACGUCGUGGUUGUGCUUACGGCAUUGAGCAUUGCGGCACCUACACCUUACCUCCCUGCCUACUUACGGGACGACUGA